AUGGCAGAAAAUGACCCUGAUGAGAGGUUGGUUUACCUCGCAUGCCAGCACAUCUUUCGUGGCUCGAACUCCCAGGUACGAAAAUUGAAGACAGUCAAAGGAUUGAUUGAACAGAACAAAAUCGCAUUGGCAGAUAUUCUGCGGGAGUACAACGUCGAACGCACCAGCAACGUUGCCAAGAAGCUCUUAGAGAAUCGGGUGUUUGACUCUACACUGAAAGCCAAAAUUCGCUUCCCAGAGUUGUUCGAUGUUUCGCCUACUCAAAGCGCCGAAAGGGAAGCUUCGGAGGCGGAAGCAGCGAGAGAUGAGGCAAACACAGUUCAAAAAAUCUCCCAGAGAGAGACAACAGGAGAAGAUGAAAUUAUCCCUCGGGCUACUCAUCAACGGGAAACAGACGUGGAAACUAAAGGUGAGCUUUCGUUGUCGUGA